UAAUGAAUAAUCCCGCUCUUUACCUUUCAAACUCCCCCACCAAGCCCGAAAUCCGGUGAUUAAUCAUUCAUCGAUCGCCCUGCCCCAGGUUUUUUUGCAGUUCGACCCCACAAUAACUUCGAGCGGUUUGAGGUAGCGAGAGUACGCGCAAAUAUUAUUCAGUCGCAUCACAUUGACGCCAACACGACGAUUAGUGACUUUGGAAUUAUAGAUAUUUCCCUAUGUCUGUUUACCAACCAUCGACCGCUCCGAGUGCGUCAAGCCACUUUGCUUCUCAGGAGUCCGGCUCGGCUUCCGAAACGAAAACUACACAGGAGCCUAAAAAACCCGCCGCGGGCGACAAGAAUUCAGUUAUUAGCGAGCGCACAGGUAAACCGAAACGCCGAAAAGCGGUGCGAGCGUGUAUUCACUGUCAAAGAACUCACUUGACUUGCGACAAUAACCGGCCUUGCGAAAGAUGUGUACAAAGGGGUUUUGCAGAUACUUGUCGCGACGGUGUACGAAAAAAGGCUAAAUACCUGGGCGGGGACUUUAUUCCGAAUAGCGUGCCCGAUGCCUCGGCAAGACGCCCGGCCCGCAAAUAUGAUAUCUCACAUACGCCCUCAGUAUCUCAGCCAGUGCCCCAAUUACAGGCUCCGAGUUCUCUCUCAGCCAUGUCUGCUGCUGUUCCUGUGCCUCCACAGGUCCAGGCUGAGCUGAAUGGCGUGCCGUACUACGAUCAGUACGCAGGUCCCACCUCGGGUGCCCCGCCUCACAGGUUUGUUGGUCCUCACCAGUUUCAGAGUCAGACUACAGACCUGGAGUACAGUGUGCUGGGUAAUAUCCUGCAAGUGGAUCAAUCGGAGUCGUCACCCUCGUUCAGCGACGACUCCGGGGUACAUCACCGGACACCGUCGCUCCCAAGCUACCAGCCAAGAAUCAACAAUUACAAUCUAAACCAGCAAUCCCUGAGUGAUAUUUUAUUUCAACAUGAGCAGCAAACCUCGACGCCAUUUGACGACUGGAUCGACUACCGCCCACCUCCGAUUUCUUUAACGAUUCACGAAAAGGUUGCGCCCGACCCUGAUCCCGCAACCUCCUCUCUUGAGGAACCAUAUCUACAGCCUCAGCAGUCUGUGCCCAACCGACGAUUAAGUGGUCUGUUACGCACAAAAUCGUCAACCACGGUAAUGACAAUGGCUCGGGGACAGCAACGAACCCCAGCCGAGAUCUACCAAUCUGUCACGCGACCGUUUCCGUAUACCCCUGGUUUCCAUGCGCUUAUUCGGUACUUGAAAAGCAGGUUUUCAAGAGCCGAUCUCAUGGAGAUUGUGAGAUCAAUGGCCAGCUAUCGUCCUUCGUUUAUCGCCAUCACAAACUCACUGACUGAAGACGAUCUGGUGUUUAUGGAGAAAUAUUUCCAGCGAACACUACUCGAAUACGAAAAAUACUUUGUCUAUUCUGGCACGCCAACGAUCGUGUGGCGGCGAACAGGCCAGAUUGCUGCUGUGGGCCACGAGUUUUGCGUUCUAUCGGGCUGGCCCAUGGAAACGCUGCUCAACUCGGGCCAAGGGACCGGUCGGUUCAUUGUAGAAGUUAUGGACAACCAGUCUGUGGUGGACUAUUUUCGCAUGUUCAGCGAUAUCUCCUUCAACGACUCUACAGGUUCCAUUAUGUCCACCUGUACAUUAGUCUCACCUCAGGGUCAGCCAGUGAAAACCUCAUGCGUAUUGACAUUGAGAAAGGACUUGUUUGGCAUUCCAAUGAUGAUGAUUGGAAACUUCCUGCCAAUUCUGGGAUGA